CGGACGUAAACAGUUUAUAGCAAAUUGAAUUAUAUUUACGCGACUUUUAUAAAUAAAGUGUAGGGUUAAUAACGGUAUGUUUAUUGGAAAUAGAUCGCGGAUUAAUUUGAAUAUGCAUAUGUUAUAACACUCAGAUAGUUAGCGCGGUAGUAAAUUAAACGUCCGCUUUGAAAGGAAAACCGGAGUUUAUUAGAGACGGUGACUGGAAAAUCGACAGAAAAGUAAAAGGAUUAAUAAUGGCAGUUGAGCGGUAAAACUGGCGACAUAUGGAAAUUGAAUUUGGUGAUGAAUUGAAAGCAGAAAAGAAGAAGUAAAACGUUAAUGUAAUUUCAGUUUCUUUUAUCCAUGGUUAUGAAAUAUUGAUAAAUGGGAAUAUACGAACGACCUGUGUGGUAGUGCGUGGCAGUGUGUGCUUGAAUUCUGUUAAAAGGAGUCGCGUCUCCAGGAAAGAAUAUUUGUUUGGUUUUUAUAUUGUUACAUUAUCAAAUUACUUUAAAAAAUCAUUUGACUACGUAGGUAGUUAACAAUACUUUUUAUCGCUUGUCUUUACACCAUGGGAUAUUAAUUAAUAAAUACUUAUAGAAUUAAAUAUUUUAACAUUUUGAAAAUGAGUGUUACGAAUACAUCUCUUCAAUUGGAUCAUAGCCAGAAGGCUUUGUUGAACCUCACACUGGAUUACACUAAUGGUAAUAUGACAGCAGACGCGGAUCCUGCUUACUUUGCAGGUGUAAAUGAAAGUAAUGGAAACAUAACGAUGUUAAGUGCUGCUCCCCCGGAGCCGGCGUCCAUCGAAACUAUUGUUUUAUUAUCCAUCCUUUUCUGUAUCAUUGGAACCAUCGGGCUUAUCGGCAACAGUCUCGUCAUUAUAGUCAUUCUGUUAGACAGGAAAAUGCGACAGUCAUUGACUAAUAUAUUUAUAAUGAAUCUUGCCGUGGCAGAUUUUGUCAUCAUGUUGAUUGGGAUUCCAGAGAUUGUACAGUUUAUGAUGAACCGUGGAUGGCUUCUUGGCGCCACAUUGUGUAAGGCCAACCGCUUCAUCCUCGUCGUCAGUCUCUAUGUCUCCAUAUUAUCCCUCGUUUUUGUUUGUAUAGAAAGAUUUGUUGCCAUUGUGUAUCCGCUAAAAGCUCAUAUCUUAUGCGGAAGAAGAAAAAUUGUCUUCGCCAUACUAUUUAUAUGGCCGAUGUCUUUGGCUUGUGGACUGCCGACGGCGAUUUUGAACACUUUGAUGAUCCCUCAUCCAUCGGUUCCUUACAAACAUUGCUUUAUCGUGUUUCCAGAGAGAAAGUACCAGCAAAUGUUCGAAUACAUGCAGUUUGCCUUCUUCUACUUUAUACCGGUUACUGUUCAGGUUAUAUUAUACGCCGUCAUCGGAAAGAAGUUAUAUGCUAGUACAGAAGAACUACAUGCGAGAUUUCAGAUGCGCAAAGAUAUUCGACCAAAACAUGACAAAACGUCGGACACUAUAAAAGCCCGCAAAGACGUCGUUAAGAUGUUGGCUUCAAGCGUGCUUGUGUACAUUGUAUGUUACGCCCCGCCACAAAUAUUGCUGAUCUACGACACAUUUUCACCGAAACCGUUUCAGGUCACAUGGUCUUUUCGUGUGUUCAGCAUUGUUAUUUCUAAUGUAAAUUCGGCGGCUAACCCGAUUCUUUACAGCAUAUUUAGUCAAAACUUUAGAAAGAAUUUUAAGAAAUACCUGUGCUACCUGUGCCUACCAAAGCCAACGGAGUAUCAGCGAACUGGACAAGACAUUUCAGAAUCCAGAUACUUAUCACGAAAGAUUAGUUCAACGAUCAGCCGGUCUACAACAUUUUCAAAAGUCUGAAUCUAUUUUAUACAAACGUUGCGUUUUGAAUACCAAUACACCAUUUACGAUAUGCUAGGAGAGUGGAAAAUGAUAAAACUACAUGUUCGAGAUACCGGUUUUAUGAAAAUAUAGCAUGUAUAAUUUGUAAAACGGAAUACUGACGUUUUACUCUGAAACAGGCGCCCAGGCAAAAGAAUCUUUGAAUAUUAGUAGAUAUUGUCAAAAAGUUUAUUGGAUGUGAUAUUCCAUGUUGUAGCAUAUUUCAUUCGCUUAUUGGUAGUAAAACAAUAGGUUUAAUAUUUUAGCAAAUUCCAUGUUUGUUCCAUCCUUCCAUUUAAUAGCAGUCACUCAAAUUUGACUUAAAAACCAGGUUUAGAUACCUGACCUAUAUUUCAAAUGUCAUUCAAGUUAUUUACCUAUAUUUAACCUGUUAGUAAAGUUACCUAAACUUUCCUGUAAAUUAAAUCUUAAUUCAACGUGUCAGUCAAGGUAUCUCACCUAUAUUUCAAAUGUCAUUCAAGUUAUUUACCUAUAUUCAACCUGUUAGUAAAGUUACCUAAACUUUCCUGUAAAUUAAAUCUUAAUUCAACGUGUCAGUCAAGCUAUCUCACCUAUAUUUAAGCUGCAUUAAUUAGGCCUCAGUCAGCAGUUAUGGGAAAAGGAACCUUCAGAGCUGAUUGAUACCGCAGCUUUACACAGACAAAGUGACAGAGACAUGUUCGUAUGUUCGUGCAAAUUCUCUCAUAACAUCGGAUUAUAGCGGAUAAACAUUUUUCUUGGGACAACUUUGUAUUAUUUGCUUAAUAAAACGUUGCAAUCAUAAAAUAUACAAAACCUUAACCUAUAAGCCCUCAAUAUGCCAGUAUGUAGCUUGUGUUUUACACAGUAAAAACAGCUGUUACAGAAGAAAUUUAGUUUAAUCAGAUAAGUUUUUACAUAAAAUUAUGAUGUAAGCCUUAUAUUUAUUAUUAAGAUAUUUAUCGAAUCUGUAUCAAUGAUACUACGAUUAAAUGUGUCAUUUGGCCUGGUCGCUAAGGUACUGGUAAGGUUAGUUUCAAACGGUCAAGGAUAUGUGAUUUACCAAAAUGGCUUUCUCUGUAUUCUCCAAAGUCACUUCUAAUGACACUAGUAAAAUAGACCACAUUUAGAAAUGAUUUGAAAAUGAGUGUCACUUAGUGCUAAAACUGAGAACAUGUCAUGUAAAAGCUAUGAUUACAGCAUAUGAGCCGAGCCAUGGGAAAACCAACAUAGUGCGUUUGCGACCAGCAUGGAUCCAGACCAGCUUGCGCAUCCACGCAGUCUCAUCAGGACCCAUGCUGUUUGCUAACGGUUUCUCUAAUUGCAAUAGGCUUUGAAAGCGAACAUCGAUAUCAUGGAUCCUGACCAGUCCGCACAGAUGCUGGUCGCAAACGCACGUAGGUUUUCCCGUGCUGCGGCUUAUAUGUAUUAAUUGCUAUUAAUAUUCAUACCAUAGCUACAGACAUCUAAAGACACGUAGAGUGCAUUCACGAAUAAUGGCUGUAAAGAUUUUGCAUAUAUUUAUAACAGAUGUAAACUUGAAAUUUUGGUGAUUUUAGUUGCCGAACAUUUUCUAUAAGAGGAUGUUACAAUUAAAGAUAUUAUAAAAUAAGUAUUGUCAACAUUUGGAUGACUUAUAUAUUACAAAUUAGAUGAGACAUGAUAGCAUUCAAAAUACACUUUUAAAGUCUAUAUUUAUUGUCUUGUAUUCAAUUGUUUCCAAACAAGAGUUAUCAGAUGAAACCAUGUACUUUUAUGUAACCAUUUUUGUUACAAGAUACACAUGCAUUCAUAGUAGACGUUAAAGAACACAAAAAGGACAUUUUUUCGGGAAACUGUUCAUAUAUCGAAAAUUGAUCAAAUAGUUUUAAUGCUUGCGUUUCAUGACUCAUAAUAUACAUGUUGUAAAGUUUCUUAAUGCUUUUAAAACUUAUUGCUAUUAGAAAUACCCAUUAAUAUCUAAAUAAAGCUUAUUCUUUAAGUA